AUGGAAAAGGAGGGGAAUUGUGAAGCCUUCUAUUCUGUGUUAGCCAUGUUGGUAUAUAGGAUAGUUCUCUUCCCAAAUAUUGAUCACUUUGUGGACCACCUGGCGGUGAGAAUCUUCCUCUCUGGUAACCCUGUACCGUUCCUCCUGGCAGACCUCCACUAUGCUCUCCACGGCCGUCAUGAGAAGAAGGGAGGAAUCAUUUUAUGUUGUGCGCAACUGUUGCAUGAAUGGUUUAGAUCUCAUAUGCCCGAGGAAGGCCCUUGUAUCUCAAAGGAACUCAAGCCCUCUCAGAAGUUAGCUUCUCUCACCUCUAAUCAUGUUAAGUGGUAUAUCAGGGAUUGGGAAACCGAGGAUGUUAUUGUCAGCAUUGGAGACUUCCCCAAUGUACCUUUGAUAGGAACCAAGGGUUGCAUCAACUAUAACCCCGUGUUAUCUUUGAGGCAACACUAUUACCCUAUGAAUGGCCCUCCAAAAACUAAAGCUUUAGAGCCUUUCAUCUUACAAAAUGCUGGAGCAGAUCAUCCCAUGAUGAAGAAGAUCAAGAGUUCUUGGCAAGCAGUUAUCAGAAAGGGUAAGGAGUUGGGUAAGAGAAAUGUCAUCGCUCAAGAGCCUUAUACUUGUUGGGUUAGAGAGAGGGUUCAGAUGGUUAAACUCCCUUUUCCGUUAUAUCCAUCUAUCUAUCCGUUGGUUCCUGAGCCAGAACCCAUAUUACCUGAAGAUGUGGAGAAACUCAAUGCCCGUAUUAAGGAGUUGGAGUUGGAGAAUGCUGAUUUGAGAAUUAAGCUCGGCCGAGUCUCGAUAGAGAAUGGGAAUUUGAAAGAUGGUCAACAGAAGAAGGACAAAGAGCUUGAAAUCUCCAACAAAAGAGCUAGGGAGUCUGAAGCAAAGAGAGAAAAGUUCGGACAAGUGCUCUACAACACUAAAUCUGUGUUCAAGGCAAAGGAGGAGGAGUUGGAUAGAGCUUUACUCCGGAUUCAAAAACUCAACAAGACUCUGGAAUUGACUCUUGAAAUGAAAAGGGAAGCACGACUGAUUUCUGAGAUUCGUACUCGUGAACUGGAGAAUACCAUUCAAAAAUACAAGGAUACUCGUGAACUGGUAUCUUUAUAA